AUGAGUGAUAUCGCUGCCAUGCUGGGAGUAAACGCCACUGUCGAAGCCGUGGACACCAAGAAUCCGGCUUUGGCAGUGCACAAUCACAUCUUGGUCCGCGUCGUGGGGACGUGUUUGGUUAUAUAUAUAGCUUGGCAAUACUUAUUGAGAAUUGGCGCGCUAUGGAAUUCUCAUUCAGAACCUCCAAUGCUGCCGUAUUGGAUCCCUGGCAUUGGCCACAAUAUUUCAUUUUUCAGAGAUGUCGAGAAACUAUUGGUUGCUGCAAGAUCGUAUUUUCGGAUCCCUGCGCAGCCCUUCAGCGUCUUAAUCGGUAGUCGUCGGAUGUACGUGAUUCUUGACCCUCGCGAUAUUUCCGAGACCCAUCAGAAAACUAAAGAGAUGCAUUUUGAUGCCUACAUCGACAAGUUCAUGCAAUAUGUCUCGGUCUCCGAGAAAGCCAGAGAUAUCCUAUGGGGGACUACCGUUACCGAGACCUCUUUGUCAGUUCCUAAUUCUCUUCGAUCAUGGAUACGUGCAGAUAUGACCGGAACUUCAUCCCGAAAGUUCUACAAUGAAUCCUUAUCAGAGCUCAACAGCGUCAUGCAACAAGGUAGUCCCUUCACAACAGGGAAGAGUAACGAACACGACAUGUUUAAGUGGACGAGCGACAUUAUCGUCAGAGUUUCUACGAGGAACUUUUUCGGUACUGCUCUUAUUGAGAAUUCACCUGGACUUGUCGAUGACUUUCGCAAAUUCAAUCGCCAGACAUGGAAGCUACUCUACAAAUACCCAAGAUUCCUCUCAAGAUCAGCUUACGACUCGAGAGACGCGGCUAUCGAUGCUCUAAAACGGUAUUUCGAGAUGCCACAGGAACAAAGACGAGAUGCGGCUCCGUUUGUGAUAAAGGCUGAGGAUGAGAUGCGAAAGCAUGGGAUAAGCAACAGGGAUAUUGCUGCAGUUCUGUUCAAGCUAUACUGGGCCAUUAACGGAAACCCAUCUGUCUUUGCGUUCUGGCUUCUAGCCAGAACUCUAUACACACCUCAUCUCAAGGAGGACAUCAAAAGGGAGGUCGCCCCAGCUUUCAAGAAUGGUAUUCACCAGCAACCUGACGUGGAAUAUCUCAAAGGAUGCCCUAAGCUCAACGCGACAUACUACGAAACAAUGCGACUCCACAGCAGUUCAUCCAGCUUUCGACGCGUCGUCCAAGACACGACAGUCGCUGGUUUCGAACUCAAAGCCGGCAACGAUGUGAUGAUGCCUUAUCGACAACUCCACCUGAACACAAAAUACUUUGGCGAAAGUGCGGAGCAAUUCGAUAUUGACAGAUUCGUCCAGAACCCGAAGUUGCAUUACGCGAGAACGUACAAUCCAUUUGGUGGAGGUACGACAUUAUGUCCAGGAAGGCUUUUGGCACGACAGAUGGAUUUGGUUUAUCUUGCGAUCCUUGUCACGCGGUAUGACAUUCAGGCUGUUGGGGGAUGUGAGAGCCAGCCUUUUCCGGAGGGGAAUGAUAAGGUGCCGUCGCUGGGUAUCAUCUCUCCGAAACCGGGACAUGAUGUUAAGAUCUCGGUCAGAGAUGUUAGUGUAGACUAA